UCUGAUCGGUGAUGGAGCUGCUGGAGAUCAGUUCUGUGGCCAGGAGUAGUGAGUUUGCGUAUACUUUCGAAAAUAUAGUGCUCCGUCGUCAGCGAAGGAUUCAGGCGCGACCAGGUGCGAGUUCGUUACUUUCGUUUGUGAAUCGUCGCGUGCCUGAUGAAUCUGUUAAGCCGGAUCCUGAAAGUGAACAGCUGAUUCUGAAGGGCAUCAGUGGGAAGUUUCGAUCCGGCCGAUUGACCGCUAUUCUAGGUCCAUCCGGGUCGGGGAAAUCAUCGUUGCUGAAUGUGCUCAGUGGAUUUCGAAAAGCUGAAGGAACGAUCAAAUUGAACAGCGAUGAACUGUCCGGCUCCAAGCUCCGCAAGGCGGUAUCGUACACCGAACAGGAAGUUUCUCUUUGGCUGAAUCUCACGGUCGAAGAGUCCCUCAAGUAUGCCAUCGAGUUCCAACUGCCGCCAGCGAUCGCCAACAGCUCCAAAAAGAUUCUCAUCCAGGAGCUGAUUGAAACUCUGGGUUUGGAAAGGUGUAGGAACACGUUGGGGAAAAACCUUUCUGGAGGAGAAUAUAAGCGAUUGGCAAUGGCCAUCGACUUGUUGGCUAGUCCUCAGGUUAUGUUGCUGGAUGAACCUACGACGGGGCUGGACGUGGUGGCCACCAAUCAGGUUGUUGUUCAGAUGCGAAAUUUGGCACAGGAGGGGCGAAUCGUGGCGUGCGUUAUUCAUCAACCAAGUUCCGGGAUUCUGAGGAUGUUUGAUGACGUGUUUCUAAUUACCCGGGGCAAUUGUUUGUACAAUGGUCCUCUGGAUCAGCUGAUUCCACGGUUUUCUGAGUUCGGCUUGGAGUGUCCUCUUUCGCAUAGUCCUGCAGAUUUUGCCCUCGAAAUGGCGAGCUCGGAGAGCAAUGAUCGUAUAAAACAGAUGAUCGAGUCUCAACGAACAUUAGCUACAGUCAAAGAUAAUAUCUUUAAUAAGAUCACCGUGAACAAUACCGGAGAUCAUGAGCGACUUUCUACAUGGAGCCAAUUUGCACUUCUUACCAAGAGAAAUUUCCUUUGUACCUGGAGAGACACGACACAAAUAAAAGUAAAAACUGCCAUCAACAUCAUGGUCGGACUUCUAAUUGGCACAGUUUAUUACGAUAUGGGAGGUAAUGCAGCCAAGAUCAUAUCCAAUACGUCAAUUUUCCACAUUAUCUUGCACAACAUUCUGUUCACGACGAUAGGACCUGCUGCGGUUGUUUUUCCGCUGGAAUCCGCCGCCUUCAUCCGAGAGUAUCGGAGCAACUCCUACGGCCUGUUUUCCUACUUUCUGUCCAAAAUUAUCGUCGAGAUACCGCUUCUUCUGACCAAUAUUACGAUACUUGUCUCUGUGAUCUACAUUCUGACUGCACAACCUUUGGAGCUUAGCCGAGCCCUUGGAUUUUGGUCCAUUUCAGUCCUAUUCGGAUGGAUUUCCGAGAUGUGGGGCCUGAUCUUCGGUUGUUUCUUCAAGGUUCAAACGACGGCCUUUGUGGCCGGUAUUUUUUCAGUCCCUGUGAUGCUGUUUUCCGGCUGUUUUCUGACAAUCUCACAGGUUCCAUUGGUUCUGCAAUCACUGACAUAUUUGUCUUUCGAGCGGUAUGCCUUUGAAGGAUAUCUGCACGUGAUCUAUGGAAUGGGUCGGGAAGAUUUGGACUGUCCGGAAAUAUUUUGCUACUUCAAGAAGCUCUCUAAAUAUCUAAAAGCGAUAGAGAUGCCGGUCAUCGGGCUGCAGUACGAUUUUCUUGGAUUGAUUGUGUGGGUUAGCGUAAUGACAGGGCUGUUUUAUUUUAGUCUUAAAAGAAGAGUCAGUAUGAUGAAUAAAUAA